ACUACAGAAUCUGUAACGCAUUUCGGAAUUAAUUAAAUAUUUCACAUUAACGCAAAAUUAAUGGAAAGUACGAGACGAACCGCAAACCUUGUCUCUUUACAUUAUAUAAAACUAACAAGAUGUUACCGGCAACGCUUGCGUUUAGUGAAACGCUUCUGUUCUGAGCCAAGAAUAGCGCUAGUGUCUGCUCCCCGAAGUGUAUGAAAACAACAUUGUGUUUAGUGACAAGUUUUGGUCAAAUUUUGAUCAAAAUGAUCGAGGAACACGAUGAGCGGGAGACGAUAUGUGAUUCAGUGUCAUCACUUGUCGAGGGUUGUCGUUUGCCGGUUAGGAUGCAAGACGGCGACGACUGGCCGCUCGCUGAAAUCAUCAGCGUCAAAGAGAUGCGAGGUGUCAAAUGCUACUAUGUCCACUAUGUGGAUUUUAACAAACGAUUGGACGAGUGGGUGAUGGAAAAUUGUUUAGAUACGCGGAAAGUUCAAUUUCCAAGGCGAGAUGGUACAGCGCCUGGAACGGGGGCAGCGACACCAAAAAAACAGAUUCCUAGCAGGCCGCCGAGUCCAAACAAUGUGAUACCUGAGCCGGUCAACGGUUCGGCAGUACUGCAAGCAGCGUUACAAAAAAAAAUUUCUAGAAAAAGAAAAGCUACAUUCUUAGAGAACGAGGAUUCUCAAGAAGCACCACCGCAACCUGUACCUGCGGCUACCGGCCCAAGGUCUACCGGUUCACUGGUAGCGCAUCACCACGAUGAUGUUGUAACUAGGAUGAAAAAUAUAGAAUUAAUUGAAUUGGGAAGGCAUAGGAUAAAACCAUGGUAUUUCAGCCCGUACCCUCAAGAAAUGGUCAGCCUCCAAUGUAUUUACAUAUGUGAAUUCUGCCUCAAGUAUCGAAAGAGUCGAAAAUGUCUAGAAAGACACUUGGCAAAAUGUAAUUUAAGGCAUCCGCCUGGAAACGAAAUAUACAGAAAAGGCUCGAUAUCGUUCUUUGAAAUAGAUGGAAGGAAAAACAAGAAUUAUGCUCAAAAUCUUUGUUUAUUAGCAAAGUUAUUCUUAGAUCAUAAAACUUUAUAUUACGACACAGAUCCCUUCUUGUUCUACGUUAUGACACAAUUCGAUAGCCGAGGUUUUCAUAUUGUGGGAUAUUUUUCGAAGGAGAAAGAAUCGACCGAGGAUUACAAUGUCGCUUGUAUUUUAACAAUGCCUCCUUACCAGAGAAAGGGUUAUGGAAAACUGUUAAUUGAAUUUUCUUAUGAAUUAUCGAAAUUUGAGGGUAAGACUGGAUCUCCGGAAAAGCCACUGUCCGACUUGGGGUUAUUGUCGUAUAGAAGUUACUGGGCCCACACGAUACUAGACAUUUUACUAAACGUCAAACCCUUAGUCGAGAAUGAAAAACCACAGAUAACGAUAAACGAAAUAUGUGAACUGACGUCGAUAAAAAAAGAAGACGUCAUAUCAACGCUGCAAAAUUUAAACCUCAUUAAUUACUACAAAGGACAAUACAUCGUUACGCUUAAUAGAGAUAUAAUACAGCAACACGCCGCCGCAAUGGAGAAGCGUCAGAUAGGAAUAGACCCAAAAUGUCUUCAUUGGACACCAAAAGACUGGAGCGUCAGAGCGAAAUGGAAUCCUGGAACUGAUUAUCUACGUCACGCAAGCGUGCAAAAUUGUACAUAACUCUCGAAUUUGUGGGGCUUUUUUUCUCGUUUUAAACCUGCUGUGUCUAGUUUCAAAAAUAUUGCAUGAUACAUAUACACCAUAUGUAUGUAUAUAAUAUUGUUAGAUGUAAAUUCUUAUACUUGUACAGAUAGAGAUCUUGUUAAUUAUUCAUUCCAUAUGUGUUUUAAGUAUAAUUGGUUUGCCAACGCUCUUUCUUCUAUAUUAUUUUAUUGUAUUUAAUAAUAUUUAAUAAUAUAGGAAUAACGAUAAUUAAUAAUAACAAUAAUAAUAAUUAUAGGACAACGGCCAGAGCAGUUCGACGUCGGUGUGGUGCGCUUGUUAUUUGUUCGGAUCUUGUAUUUUAUGGUACCACUCACGAUUGCACAGUUAUUAUAUUAAUAUACAAAAUCGUAGAAAGAUCAUCUAUUUGUAUGUCUGAUCGUCUGCAUGCACGGUAGCGUUGAACAGCUCGUGACCAAACUUGAACUGCGUACAACUUGGGCAUAAAAUAAUAAAUCUUCGUCUGCGGCAUUGAAGAACAAGCAAUGUGGUGAACUUGACUAGAUUAAUGCCGUCAGUAACCGUAUAGUAAGAAUGAAACAAGAGAAGUAUGCUCAAAAAAUGCGAAUUUUAGUCUCAACAAGGGAAUUCAAAGUUUUACAAAUACUAUUUUCCUUUUAUAUGAUAUGGAAAUUGCUCUCGUCGCUCAAUUUAUUCCGUUUGCUUUUCUUUUUCCUUUCAAAUUCAUUGCCCGGCUAGUUGCCCACUGUUUAAAUCCGUUAAUACCAGCACUGUCUAUACGCUUAUUUUUAAUUACACCUAAGACUAUUUUUAAACGUUGUGGUCGAAAGGUGCAAAGGAUCUUUGGUCUGGACAUUUCAUUCAUUCAAUAGGUCCAAGUGCACUACCCCAUGCAUUGAUAUUAAUUUUCUCAUACAAGUAUGUCGGGCACCAGAAAUCAGU